AGUAGACUCUAGAUCUAGAUCUAUAACUUCCUUUUCAACUGAUCCAAGGGAAGAACUACUUAACGAAAGCGAAACAGAUUCUUUUAGGUUUUAGAUUUAUUUAAACUUUGAGAAUGGACUCAGUAGAGGCAACAAAAUUCGGCAAAUGGGUCUAUCUUGAUCACAACUGCAAUGGUACCCAUUAUAAUUGGCAGAAGGGUGAGAAGGAUACAAACUCCCCAUUUUACAAAUGGCUUACAAGUGAAAAAGUCUUGGAAUGUAAUAAGUCGCCACUUACAGUCAGAAGCAGACCAAUCUCCUCUCUUCCACUAAUACACAGGAACAGAGACCGAGUUGACCAAUGGAACUGUCAUAGAGACAGAUCUCCAUCAUUUGGUGUCCAGAUAGAUGAGACAAAAGACCACGUGGAUGCUUCCACUUCAACAGGCACAGAAUUAGAGCAGCCAAUAGUAGUCCAGCCAAAGAUCCAGUUUGUGUGUAGUAAGCACUGCUAUUUAUGCACUAAGGAAAGGGAACAAUUAAUACAGAAGAAGAAUAUGAAGCCAAAAAAGAGCUUCUGCUGCUGCAUGUAAAGUUAAACAAGUUUAGCCAAGCUUCUAGGAAACUGAAAAGCCACACAGAAGAUGCGGUUGUUGCACUCCUAAGUUUCCUGCUUUCUUCUCUCUAUUUUUUACUUUCUUUGUUUUAUAUCCCCAUUUUUUAAAAUAUUUUUUUGUGGGGCCAAAAGUAGAAGUCUCGUAUUUAAUAUUGACUAAAUUGUAACCUUGACCUAAUGCAUUUUUGUUUUAUUAAAUGAAAUAAAUGAUGAAGUAUUAUAGCGACAUUUUUAGAUAAAGUAUGUUUCAGACAAUUAUUGAUUCACACGAAACAUUUCUGCACCUUGAAAGUAAGGGAGGCUCACAACUUUGAGGACCACUGGAAAAGAUGUGUUCUAAGAAUAAGCUUUGUCAUGAUGAACUAGUUAGAUGCUUGUGUAUUAGACACUGUAGUUAGAUGCUUGUGUAUUAGAUACUGUAGUUAGAAGCUUGUGUAUUAGACACUGUACUUAGAAGCUUGUGUAUUAGACACUGUAGUUAGAUGCUUGUGUAUUAGACACUGUACUUAGAAGCUUGUGUAUUAGACACUGUAGUUAGAUGCUUGUGUAUUAGACACUGUAGUUAGAUGCUUGUGUAUUAGAUACUGUAGUUAGAUGCUUGUGUAUUAGAUACUGUAGUUAGAUGCUUGUGUAUUAGACACUGUAGUUAGAAGCUUGUGUAUUAGACACUGUAGUUAGAAGCUUGUGUAUUAGACACUGUAGUUAGACGCUUGUGUAUUAGACACUGAAAAUUACGUGUUUACUGUAAUUGAGGUGCGGUAUUGCAAGUUAGACCUUUAGAGGGACCGGAGUAAACUUAGUACUGUGAGAAUACCUUUCCAAUCGACUAUUUAGACACUAUACAGAAUUGAUCUAUACAGUGCUAUUGACUCUAGUUCCUUUUAAAAGUUUGAAUAGAUUAACAACUUCACACGUGGAGAAUAUUUUUUAUUACAAAGGUUAUAUCAACUUUGUCUGUCUAUAUGGUAAAGGUUUAAAUAUGUUGUUUUUUUCUCCCAUUCCCCAUUCUCGGAUCAAGUUAAUACUUUGCACAAUUAUUUAUUGAACCUAUUCGAUAAACAAAAAUAAAAACAAUUAGUUAUUUA